AUGGCAGAUCAAGUGCGUCUUGUGCGUCAGCUGGACUUUUCCAAGUUCCUCGCUGGCAAUCCCACCGAGAAGAGUGAUUUCUGCCGCGAGUUUGUGCACGACUUGAGCCAAGUGGGCUUCGUGAAGCUCACCAACCACGGCAUCCCCCCAGAUCAGAUCCGUGGCGUGUUCCACUGGAACCAACAAUUCUUCUCACUCCCUUCCGAGCAGAAGAGCAAGGCUGCUCAUCCAGCCGAGGCCAACCCACAUCGUGGCUACAGCUAUGUCGGGCAGGAAAAGCUCUCCAUGGUGAAGGACUACGAGAAGGGCACCCGUGAUGCCAUGGAGGUCAUGGAUAUCAAGGAAUCGUUCGAUCAGGGCCCCAAGGAGGACGACCUGUACCCCAACAGGUGGCCCGACGAGCAGGACCUCCCUGGCUUCCGGCAGUUCAUGGAGACCUUCUACGACUCCUGCCACGAGGUGCACCUCAACAUCCUCCGCGCCAUCGAGGCGGGCAUGGACCUCCGCCCUGCCUUCCUCCAGGACCUCUGUCGCGUCAACACGUCGGAGCUGCGCAUCAAUCACUACCCGGCCACCGACGUCUCGGCCCUCCGCAAGGGCGCCAUGCGCAUCUCGGAGCACACCGACUUCGGCACCGUCACCUUACUCUUCCAGGACUCAGUCGGCGGCCUCGAGGUCGAGGACCAGGCCAACACGGGGCGGUACUUGCCCGUGCUAGCAGAGGACCCGGACGAGAUCAUCAUCAACAUCGGGGACUGCCUGCAGCGCUGGACCAACGAGCGGCUGCGGUCGACGAGCCACCGCGUGCUUCUCCCGCCGGGCGCGGGCGACUGGAUCCCAGACAGGUACUCUGUCGCGUAUUUUGCGAAGCCCAACAGGACCCAGACCGUGGGACCUCUGCCCGAGUUCCUGAAGGAGGGCGAGGUGGCCAAGUAUGAUAACAUCACAGCGUGGCAGUACAACCAGCUGAAACUCUUGAGAACAUAUUAG